GUUGAAUUUUCUGCUUUACAAUCAAUUAUGAUGUAAGAACUAUAUCUAACAAUCUCCAAGUGCGGAAGAAUAAAGCUUUACUAAAAAAGUUCUUAGGCAACAAUUUUUAAACUUGUGAAACAAUUUUUUUAUUUUGGUCCAUAAAAUAAUAUUCAGCCAUGUCAUCUGAAAUCGAACAGGAAAUUAUUGAGGGGGAGGAGGAUGUUAAGGACCAGGAUGAAGAAAACGGAGAAAAUGAUGAGGAUGAAAAUGAAGAAUUGGCUGAAGAUAUUGAAGCCCUCAAAAAAGAAAUGGCAAAAAUUGUGGUUGAGGCUCCUACAAUUGAUGUAGACAACAGUGAAACAUAUGACUUAGAGAACUUCUCAAAAUCAUAUAAAGAAAUAUCACCAAAAGAGAAACUCAUUUUGAGUUUUGCAGAAAAUUUCCGCAGACAAUAUGUUCACCUCUACAGAGAUAGAAAGCCACUGUUUUUGAACCCUCUCAAUGAAUGUGGAGUCGAGAAAUUUGUUUGUACAACAAUCAGACCUAUACAGCUUCCAUAUCAGUCUCUGUAUGACUGGGAUGGAUGUGGAGAAUUUGUAGCAGACUACCUGAACUUUGUACCCUUAGAACCACCUACAGACUUGCCAAAGCGACUGAAAUCUCCAACAACUGUACUCGAUGAGCAGAAAGGCAAUUGUUUUGAGUACAGCACUCUGCUCUGCUCAUUUCUCAUAGGUGCAGGCUAUGAUGCAUAUGUCGUCAAUGGUUACGCCACUAGAGAGACAUGUCUCAUGGAUGAGACUAGAGAAAUAUGUCCACUUAUGCGCAAGAAGGAAGAGAAAACCAGCAGUCAGGAGACAAAACAACAGAGAAAGUAUGCAGUGAGGCCCCCAAAGGAUUUGAGGAGCAAGUACGAGAUGAAACAACAUAAGAGAAAGGAAGAUGAAGAGGCCACUGAAGCUGAGAAAAGAAGACAAGAAGAGGAUAAUCGUAUAGCUGAGCUAGAGAAGCCUCCCAAAGACCCACUUUUUGGUCUACGCAUCCACUCCUGGGUGCUUGUUUUGGCCAACAAACGGGAGGUCCCAGAGAGCUUCUUCAUAGAACCAUUCACUGGUAUUGCCCACCCUGUAAACAGUGUAAACUACCUGGGAAUUGAGAGUGUUUGGAACCACCAUAACUACUGGGUGAACAUGCAGGACUGCUCUGAAGGUGUUAAGAGGUUAAAGUAUGACCUUGGUGACCCAACAUUAUGGGAGUACAUGUAUCCUAGCAACGAAAAACCACAACUACAGAUACCAGAUGACAUCAUGAAUGAGUUUGACGAUGAUGAUGAGGAGGAAGAAGAAAUUGAAAAACAUUUAGAUAUGCCACCAUCUUGGGUAGAUCCCAUCAGAGUUGAGGAGAAAGACUUUCAACUGAGGUGUCCCCAAGGAAAGAAAACAUUACUGUACAAAAAAGCCAAACUGGACAAGUACGCCCCCUAUCUGCACAGAGAUGGCCUAGUGUCACGACUCUCAGUCUACGAUGACUAUGAAUUGAAUGAUCUGCUACAAGUUAAAGAAUAUUAUGAGAACCGCAUAGACAAGCUCUACUGUAGGGUACACAAUCACCAGAAUGGCUGGGUAACAGAGCAGUUCUAUGAGGGUAGACAGAGAAACCUUAAAGAACACAGAUACAAAGCAAAUGCUCCAGUACAUGAGACAGAUAGAGUUAUGGUGUUUUACAGUCAAGCACGUGUUGAUGGCCUGCUUGAGCGUCGUGAGAAAAUGAUAGAUAAAUCAACACAAGAGAUGACAGAACAAUUUGUUGAUAGAACAGACUUUUUGUAUUUCCGAAGUGUAACUUUUGGGAAGCGACCUAAAAAGUUUGGACCUGCUGAUGGAAAGUCUAAUCCUAAAAGGCCUAUACAUAAAAUGGUAGAAAAGUUCAAACGCAAUGAAGCCCUCCCAGCCAAUGAAGACAUGGCAGAAGUUGUGUACAACAUACAGGAAGAGAAGAUCACAGUGACAUACCAUACAGAGAACUCUAAAAUAUCAGCCUCAACUCGUGAGUUUAUAAAGCCACCAAAUUCUGAUGAGAAAGGAGCAACUUUGAUCAUGAGUCCAGAGAUGCACACCACUUUUCAGGUAGAACCACAAAGCAAGCAGAAGAAGCAGGUAGAAGUUUAUGAACAGAUGGUUGAACUAAUUGCCAGUGAGGAUGCAUCUGAUCAGAAAGCUCGUGAAUCUGAGGAUGAGGUUGAAGAGAUCCUAAAUGAUCGCACCAAAGAGGAAGCAACAUCUGAAUUAGACAUCUCUGUAUAUGACACUUCAAGGAAUGAAAAAGCAAAGAAACACAGGAAAGAACUUGAACGUUUAGCUGAGGAAGAGAAAAUGCGAAGGCAAGAAAUGGAACUUGAUUAUCUGGCUCCCUUUUUGGCUCAGAUUGGGGACCCAGAACAGAUUAGUCGUCAACAAGCUUAUAAACUGAAAGAGGAUUGCCUUGCUGAUCUUAAACAAAGACUUAUUGACAAGGCAAACCUUAUACAGGCUAGGUUUGAGAAGGAGACCCAGGAGCUCCAGAAGAAGCAGCAAUGGUACCAGCAGAACCAGGUCUCCAUGCAGAAAGAUGAUGAGGCAGAAUAUCUAGCAUAUUGUGGAGAAGCCAUGUUCAGAAUACACAUCUUAGAGCUAAGACUCAAUAGGCAUAAAGAAAUGGCUCCACACAAGUAUAUGGCACUGGAAUCUAAAAUUAGAACCGAUCCAAGACUUUCUGAAUAUUUCUAAUAAAAAAAAUAAUAAAGGUUAUAUUAAAAAAUAUGUAUAUUUUACUAAACUAUAUCAGUCACCGAGGCUAGUUAUAGCAGGAGACAUAAUGUAGAACUUAUUUAAUGAGAUCAGACACUGUAUAUUUGUUGAAUAUACACUAAGACUGGUUAUUGAGAGAUAGCAUGUGGUGAAAUUGGUGGAUUUUUCAUUGUCGCAGAACCAUGUAUGACAGCAAGCAAAUAAAUAUUUCCACCCAGACUAUUUUAUAUUUAUAUGGUAAACUUAUUAUUGACAGCUCAAAGACCUUUACACUGGAUUGAAUAUUUGAUUCAUUCUGGCGUGACAAUAUAGGACGCCAGGCAGAAUAAAUAGGUCUAACAAGGUCAUCAAGCCCUUUAGAUUCUGUAGUGACAUGAAUGAUGUACUUCCUGCCAUGUAUUUAUCAUUGAAGAAAUAGAAUUCAUUAAUCACUUAAAAUCGCCUUAUCCUUACAGCUGAAUUGUUGCGUGCGUCCCAAUUCAUAUUCAUGGAGUGCUAGAUUUCUACUGUUUCGAUUGCAUUAAAAGUUAUCUG